UCGAUUCCCUCGGCUUGCCGUGCCGCCCCGGUGCCGAGCACAUCCUGGUCCUGGUGCCGAGCACAUUCCGGUGCCGGUCCCUGGUCCUGGCCGGGGGAUGUAGGAGGAUGCGCGGCCGAAGGUAGCCGGGCAGCGCCGCCGCCUGUCGCCUGCAAGGGCGGGCGCAGCCGCCGCCGCGGCCGUGUGGUUGUAGGCGUUCCCCGGGGAGACCGGGAAGGGACACGGCUGCUCCCCGCCUGCCCCCCCCCCCCCCCGGCGCCGGUCCCGCCCGGCUCUCCGUGCCUUUGGCGUGUGCCUGCCCGUGUCGCGGGGCCAUGGAGCGAGCGUUCACGCCGCUGGAAUGCCUCAUGCCCGCCGGGAACCUGAAGUUUUGCCUUCUGAUUCUGAACCAGCCUUUGAACAAAGGUCAUUUCCAUUGUCUGUGGAACAGAGCUGCCCUGAGAGCUUGUGCUGAUGGAGGUGCCAAUCAUCUCUACGACAUCACAGAAGGGAGCCAGGAAAGUGGAUAUCCAUGUCAUACCAAGCUGGCAUUCCAUGACAACUGGCUGCUGUUCUUCUUGCCCAACCUGCUGGAACACCUCCAGGGCUUGCAUUCAGUGCCACCACUGAAAUGCCUAGACUUCUUGCCUGAUUACAUCAGUGGUGAUUUUGAUUCCAUUCAGCCUGAAGUCAAGGAGUACUACAAGGUCAAGGGAUGUGAGUUAAUUGAGACCAUGGAUCAGGACCUCACAGAUUUCACCAAGUGCCUUCAAAUACUCCAGAAAAAGAUAGAGAAGAAGGGCCUCCAGGUCGAUGUGAUUGUGGCUCUGGGUGGACUUGGAGGGCGCUUUGACCAAACAAUGGCAUCAGUGGAAACGCUUUUUCAUGCAACAAAUAUCACUCCUUCUCCAGUGAUAGUUAUCCAGGAGUGCUCGCUGAUUUACCUGCUUCAACCUGGCAAGCACAAGCUGCACGUGGACACGGGCCUGGAGGGCCCCUGGUGCGGCCUCAUCCCCAUCGGGAGCCCCUGCGAGAGUGUGACCACCACGGGCCUCAGGUGGAACCUCACUAACCAGGUGCUGAAGUUUGGAACACUCGUCAGUACUUCCAACACCUAUGACGACUCCGGGAUUGUGACCAUCGAGACGGACAAACCUCUGCUGUGGACAAUGGCUAUCAAGAGCUAAGAUCAGCUACAGCUGCCUUUUCUGAUCUGACACGACUCAAAUUACAAAAUUUCACUGAAUUAAGACAGUAAAGCUGCUGCAUGAUGGAAGCAGGCACUGAUUUUCUGUAUUGAAUGAAAAACAAGUCUGAAAUAAAAGUCACUUGAGAUUGAAUCAAAAUUA